AACAAAAAUCUCACGAGUCAUCUGAUUCUAUUCAACUUCUAUUGUCUUUGCUGGACAAAUAUAUCCAGUCGGGCUUCCAGCGUCUCCAAUACUCAGACCAGCAUCUCCUUUCAGGGAGAGCUUUUUCCGCCUUCAUCAUUCUCUGCAGGGCCUUACACCAGCUACCCCGCCAUCAGUAUUUGCGAGGGGCAAAAAGCGUGCACAGCUCAUUUCGUCUAAGACAGCAAUUCUUCGCCACCAUGGCUGCCAAAACGGAUCUCAAUACCUACAAGUUCAAUCACUCGAUGAUUCGAGUCAAGGACCCCAAAGAGUCUGUCAAGUUUUACGAGUUUCUUGGAAUGAGCGUGGUCCGCAAGCUCGAAUUUCCUGAAGCCAAGUUUGAUCUCUACUUCUUGGCCUACAACAACAAGGGUGCCGUUUCGUUUGGAAAUUCUGGCAUUGACCGAGAGGGCGUCAUCGAACUCACUCACAAUUACGGCACCGAGAAUGACCCUACCUACACUAUCAACAACGGAAACAAGGACCCUCACCGAGGAUUCGGCCACACUUGCAUUUCCGUUGACAACCUCCAGGCCGCUUGUCAGCGCAUCGAGGAUGCUGGAUACAAGUUCCAGAAAAAGCUUACCGACGGGCGUAUGAAGCACAUUGCAUUUGCCUUGGAUCCUGAUGGAUACUGGGUUGAGGUUAUUGGCCAGAAGCCGAUUGAAGAGACUGCCGACAUCAAAGAAACCGAUGUUACCACCUACCGCAUGAACCACACGAUGAUCCGUGUCAAGGACCCCCAGAAGUCUCUCAAAUUCUACCAAGACGUUCUAGGCAUGUCUCUGUUUAGGACCAACGAAUCCCCCGAUUCGGGCUUCAACCUCUACUUCCUCGGUUACCCUGGCACCCAAGGUGUUCCUCAAGACGGCCGAACAAGCGACCGUGAAGGUUUGCUGGAGCUGACUUGGAACUAUGGUACCGAAAAGGAUGAGAACUUUUCCUACCACAAUGGCAACGACCAGCCUCAAGGCUUUGGUCACAUCUGCGUUUCUGUCGACGACUUGGACGCUGCUUGCCAGCGAUUUGAGGACCUCAAGUGCAACUGGAAGAAGAGACUGACGGAUGGCCGCAUGCGCAAUGUUGCAUUCUUGCUGGACCCCGAUAAUUACUGGAUCGAGAUUGUGCAAAACGACAAGUACAGCGACAAGAAUGUUGUCUAAGUCGAGUUUCAAAUUUCUGCCAGCAGUAUAUAGUUGUGUCAUGAGAAAAAGCACAUGUAGCUUGUAACAAGCUUUUGGCCCUUGUCAACUGUAUUAAGCAUACUAAGGAGGCGAUGAAACGAAUCCAUCUGCGUAGCGCAU